UUCUUUUUUCUAAUUUAUUUUUGCAUGCAUAUUGUUCAAUACCUUCAUUUGAACAAAAGUGCAUGUACAAUAAACACGCAUGCUAAUACUGUGGCCUCAAAUUUCGCACAGGCUCUCGUUUGCAUUUAUAUUUAUUCAUUUCACAGCCUCUUUUACCCAAAGCGAGGAGCAUCACGGGCACAUGUUCUCCUCCAGAUGGGCGUCCACAUCAGUCUGGGUCUGGGCAGACAUCCAGUUCCCAAGCGCUGGCUCUGAUCUGCCAUUUGACCCCACCCUUAAUCCAGAGACCUGCAAACACGGCCGCCCACUGAUGCCCGCUGGCGCGUAAUGGACACCCACAAUGCAACAGUCUCUCUGGAAUGCUUUUGUAAUUGAAUAAUAAGGUCACUUUUCUGGUUAAAAAAAACUUGGUUGGGCUGUCGAAAAUCCCAAAGCAUUUGUCAUCGUAAUUGUACUUGCUGGUCAACGAAGACAAUGCUGUAAAAAUGGCAGAGCAUCUAAACACUCUUAGAUGUUGUUUUAGCGUAGCAUUUGCACACAUGCAACAUUGGAAGUCUGAAUUGCUCUCUCUUUGCUGUGUCGUUCUGCAGCUCGUGGAUGAGAGGUGACUAAUAUUAGAAGUGAAGACUCAUUUCAGUCUGUGGUAGACGCUCCCUCUCUGAUCUCCUGGAUGAAGGUGUGACUGUUGGGUUGUAUCUGGCAUUGAGGAACUGCGGGACACGAAUGUUUCAGCAACGCCCUGAGAAGCAGCGCCAGGUCUGAACAGAACAAACGGUUAAAUUCAGCCAUCGCCACCCAUCGCCUCCUUUCAGUGUUUAAAUGGGUUAUCUGGCCAGAGAUGACGAGUCAUCUUCAUCAAGCAUGCUAAGUCACCUCGCUUCAACUCUGGCUGUGAGGCGAAACACAACAUGCGUGUGUUUGAUGUCCAUCUAAAGCAGGCGGAGGAAACAGCAGCGGCCCUGCGGCUCUCCACUCCUCCGUGUGCGUGUGUAAAAUCACUUACUCUGUGUGUGUGUGUGUUUUAAUAGUCCACCUGGGUACAGUGUGUCAGUACUACUCGCCUGCUCACUCGCUCCGCUCAUCAGUCCAUCUGCAGUUACUGCUUGGCUCAAGAAACAUCAGAUGCAGCAAGCGCUGCGUGCAUCUACAGAUCAUCAGCUCUCUCUCCUGGAAAGACGGACCAGACGGACAAACAGGAAGCAGCUGUUGCCAGGGAAACAGACUGCGGAGCGUGGGAGAGAUUGUGAGCUGCAGACGUUUCAGGUGCCGUCCUGUGCAAGCAAACAUGAGCUGACCAGUGGAGUGGCCAUCGCACAUGUGCUCAACAAAAUAGACCCGUCCUGGUUUAAUGAAACGUGGCUCAGCAGGAUAAAAGAGGAGGACGGCACAAACUGGAGGCUGAAGGUCAGCAACCUCAAGAAGAUUCUUCAGAGCAUGAUGGAGUAUUAUCAUGACGUGUUGAGUCAGCAAGUGUCAGAAGAGCACAUCCCAGAUGUGUGUCUGAUUGGUGAGAUGGGGGACGUGACUGAACUGGGCCGGUUGCUGCAGCUGGUUCUGGGCUGCGCCGUCAGCUGCGAUCACAAACAAGAGCACAUUCAGCAGAUCAUGACGCUGGAGGAGUCAGUGCAGCACGUGGUGAUGACGGCAAUACAAGAGCUGCUCACCAAAGAGCCUGUGCAGCCAGCAACUCCAGAGUCGUACGGGGACUUCGACAGUCAGUCCAGGAAGUAUUAUUUUCUGAGUGAAGAGACCGACGACACGUCCCAGCGCUGCCGAGAGCUGCAGCAACAGCUAUCGAUUCUGACGGAGGAGAAGACCUCUCUGCAGCUGGAGGUCCAGUCUCUGCGGGAGCGUCUGACCCACUGUGAGCCGACCGACGUCUCCUCCACCAUCACCAACAAGAAGCUUCUGCUGCUGCAGAGUCAGAUGGAGCAGCUGCAGGAGGAGAACUACAGGCUGGAGAGCAGUCGAGAUGACCAGCGCGUGCGAGCAGACGUUCUGGAGCGAGAGGUGACGGAUCUGCAGCUGAGGAAUGAGGAGCUCACCAGCCUCGCUCAGGAGGCCCAGUCCCUCAAAGACGAGAUGGACAUCCUCAGGCACUCGUCUGACCGCGUGAGCCGCCUGGAGGCGAUGGUGGACACGUACAAGCGCAAGCUGGAGGAUCUGGGGGAUCUGCGGCGACAGGUGCGCCUCCUGGAGGAGAGGAACCACGUGUACAUGCAGCGCACCUGCGAGCUGGAGGAGGAGCAGCGCAGGGCCAACACCAUCCGCUCGCAGCUCGACUCCUACAAGAGACAGGCUCACGAGAUGAGCGCCAAACACUCGGCCGAGGCCAUGAAAGCAGAGAAGUGGCAGUUCGAGUACAAGAACCUCAACGAAAAAUACGAGACGCUUCUGAAGGAGAGAGAGAAGCUGAUAUGUGAGCGAGACACGCUGAGAGACACGACUGAAGAGCUGAGAUGUGCUCAAGUGCAGCAGCAGUGUUUAACAGAUUCUCUGAGUGGAGAUUCAGGAGCGUUUGGCAGCUUGGCGUCAGAAAUCAUGCCAACAGAGUUCAGGGAUACGGUUGUGCGUCUGCAGCAGGAGAAUAAGAUGCUGUGUGUUCAGGAGGAGUCGUACAGACACCGACUGGAGGAGCUGCAGACUCAGCUGGAGGAGUCACAGCGCUGCCAGAACACACUGGAGACUCAAAACAGGUUGAGUCAGCAGCAGAUCUCAGAGCUGGUUUCUCAGAUCGAGGAGCUGCAGAGAGCUUUACAGGAGCAGGACAGCAAAACUGAGGACGUCAUCUCGUCGCUAUUAAAGAAGAAGCUGGAGGAGCAUCUAGAGAAGCUCCACGAGGCUCACUCUGACCUGCAGAAGAAGCGAGAGGUCAUCGAUGAUCUAGAGCCGCCUGCGGACAGUAACAUGGCGAAGAAGGUCGAUGAGCUGCAGGAGAUUCUGAAGAAGAAGGAUGAAGACAUGAGACGAAUGGAGGAGAGAUACAAGAGAUACGUGGACAAAGCUCGCACGGUGAUUAAGACGCUAGACCCGAAGAAGAAGAGUAACUCUGUUCCUGUUGAAGUUCAGGCCCUGAAGAACCAGCUGACAGAGAAAGACAGGAGGAUACAACAUAUGGAGCAUGAUUUUGAGAAGAGUCGCUCCAGACAUGAUCAGGAGGAGAAGCUCAUCAUCUCGGCCUGGUACAACAUGGGAAUGGCUCUUCAUCAGAAGGUCGCCGGGGAGCGAUCCGGUUCGGGUUCGGCUCAGUCCUUCCUGGCCCAGCAGAGACAGUCGACACACGCGCGUAGAGGCCUGGCCCGUCUGCAGCCCAGAUAAACACACACACACACAGCAGCAGUGGCCUAAUCCUGACUUCUCUUUCAGCACUUUGUGAUCGUCCUGCUGAUUAUUUUAUCAUCUUUUAGAUCAAGUUUUGUUUAUUUUUAGCUGACCCGAGCGUCAGUAUGUAGUUGUGUCUUAUUUUAGUGUUAAUUGGGCUGCAGGAACGAACGGUUUGUUGAAGUAGAUCAAAGUUUUGAUUCUUUUAAUGAUGUUUUGAGGGUUUUAUUAAUGUUGUACGGUAGCUUUCUGUGUUCAUCAGGGUGACGGUGCAUGUGUGAAUGCACUUAAAACACACUCAGUGCCUUCAAUCAUUCAUCCUCUGACAGCUGUCAAUCAUCUGUGUGACAACUCGUCACAAACCACCAAACUCAAUGCUGGGAUGCCUUGAAUGCAUUGAACAAAUGAAGUGCUUUUUAUAUGAAUAAUUCUCAUUUAAUCAUAGUUUGAUUAUGUGUCUGAUUAAAUGUGAAUGUGGAGCGGGAAACGACACUAAUCUGAGAUGAACUGCUGGAGGAUUUUCUACCCGCACACGUUGUCAUUUGCAUGUGAAAACUGAUGCUGCUUUGCCAUUUUUAUAAUGGUUGUUUUUUAAGUCUGCUGCUGAAGGACGGAUCCUGUAGCUUGUAUUUAUUGAUCUUCACUACUGUACGUUCAGAAACACUACUGAUCUCACCCUUAUCAGUCCAAACACUGAGGUUUGCUCCUCAUUUCAGAGGUACGAUCUCCAGAUGUGUGUUUGUUCUGCAGUUUUCCACUGUUUUUUGUUGCUCUGAAUGUUCAGUCAGAGAUGAUGUUGUGUUUGUGUUUUAUCACAGUGUUUUCAUUGUUCAGUCAUGCUGUUGGUGUUGGACUGAUGGGGUCGGUACAUAAAUAAAUCACUUUAAUCUCACUGUCACUGUUCUCUUUGCACUACAAUAAAUAAGAUCAUUGGUACAAAAAUAA